AUGGACUCAUCGCGUCGCGGCGCGAGCAAGACCGGCUCAACCAACGGCACUUCCACCACCAGGAAACCCAGCACUCGCGUCAAGAACGAGGUCAACUAUGACGAGAAGCAAGCCUUCAAGGAUCUGACAGACUUCGGCGAUGCCAAGCCCAAUGGUGCCCCCAACUCGGGCCUGGCCGAACUCGAACAGCGCGUCAAUGACCUCAACGAGUCGUGGGAAACCGAGUCUCUCUUGCGGGAUUGCUUUGAGGAGAUCGCCGAGGAUCGCUUCUUUACUGAGGACCCCGAUGCUUGCACGCCAGAAGAGGCGGUUGAAUACCGCCGGCUACUGCGUGAUGUUGGGCCCACCAUAUUCUGCGAGAGGACCAUAUAUGCCAAGCGCAUCACGGCCAAGAAGCUACUCACCGCGUUUGGCAUCCGUCCGCCUGCCUUCCUGGAGGGCGCCGAGGACGAGGAUUACUACUCGCUGUUGAGUCUCGCGUUGAGCCGCGAGCUAUCCAAGCGGGCCAAGCUGGUCAAGUACAACACCAUCGAUGAUGCCGUCGGCCUUCUCAAGAAGUCCAAGAACAUCAUCGUCCUGACGGGCGCCGGCAUUUCCACGUCGCUCGGCAUCCCGGAUUUCCGGUCCAAGGGCACGGGUCUCUACUCCAAGCUGGAGCAUCUUGGGCUCAACGACCCGCAGGAGGUCUUCGACAUCACCGUCUUCCGCCAGGAUCCCACCAUCUUCUACUCGGUCGCGCGCGACAUCCUGCCGGACCACGAGCGCUUCUCGCCCACGCACGCCUUCAUCGCGCUCCUCCAGGAGAAGGGCAAGCUGCUGACCAACUACUCGCAAAACAUCGACAACCUGGAAGCCAAGGCCGGCAUCCGUCCGGACAAGCUGAUCCAGUGCCACGGCUCCUUCGCCACCGCGUCGUGCGUGAAGUGCGGCCACCGCGUGCCCGGCGAGACGCUCUUCCCCGAGAUCAAGGCCGGUGAGAUCCCGCGCUGCCGCAAGUGCGCGCAGGGCAGCCGCACCACGGCCAACAGCAGCCGCGGCAAGGGUGGCAACGGCAACAGCAACAGCCGCAAGCGCAAGCUCAACAAGGACGGCACCGAGAAGAAGGCGCGGCGGCGGCCGGGCGAGUACGACAGCAACUCGGACUCAGAGUUCGACCAUGGCGGCGCGCCCGUCAACUGGUCCUGCGGCGUCAUGAAGCCCGACAUCACCUUCUUCGGCGAGGCGCUGCCGGACGAGUUCUCGCGCCGCCUGACCGAGCACGACCGCGACCGCGUCGACCUGGUCAUCGUCAUCGGCACCAGCCUAAAGGUGGCGCCCGUCAGCGAGGUCGUCCCCUUCCUCCCGCCGCACAUCCCGCAGAUCUACAUCAGCCGCACGCCCGUCUCGCACGUCAACUUCGACAUCGACUUGCUGGGUGACUGUGACGUCGUCGUGGCGGAGUUGUGCCGCAGGGCCGGCUGGGAGCUGAAGCACGAGAUGGUACCCGAGGGUCAGGUGGUGGAGACGACCCUCGCCGCCGGGUUCCCGAGCCGGCACAUCUUCACGCAGGUCAAGCCCGUGGUGAAGGUUGAGGAGGCUGAGGCCGGAGCUACGACCGAUGGGAAGGCACAAGAGAAGGAGAUAAAGAAGGAAAGGAAAGUGAAGAAGGAGCAGGGCGUCUGA